AUGUUAACAGCAAGAACACUGAAAGCGGCAAUUCCACGUGCCAGUCUGGCGACUCGCACGAUCAGCACCGGCACAGUCCCGACCGUCGCGGUUCUACACCAGGCAAUCGACCCCCCGGUUAUCAAUGGCGUGCGCAAACCGCGCAAGCCAGGUGGCUACCAAGACUCAGGCGCAGACAUCGCCUACACGCUGCAGCAAAAAGGCAUCAAGGUCGUAAAGGCCGAUGCAGCGACCCCUGUGUCUGCGCACGAGGGCUGGUCGUUUCCCGACACGGAAGAGGGUAUCUACUCUGCUGUCCAGCAGGGCGUUACGCACUUCUGGGCGAAUACGAUUCUAUUCAGUUCGCAUCCGCUGCAGACGUCGGCUCGGUUGACCCCGCUGGCUGAGCGGGUGUAUGUUGUUGGCCAGCCGCCGAGCUUGGUUGAGAAUUUUGACGAUAAGGCGUAUUUGAAUGGUAAACUGGCGGAGAUGGGCGGGUUUACUCUGCCAAGGUCGUGGCUUGUUACGGCGGAGAAUGUUGGUGAUGUUGUUCAGUCUAUCGACCGGUAUCCUGUUGUUGGGAAGCCGGUGCGUGGGAGGGGAAGCCACGGGGUGAAGGUUUGUCAUGAUAAGGCGGAGUUGCAGCAUCAUACGGAGGCUCUGCUUGCUGAGUCGCCGCUGGUUAUGCUGGAGGAGUUUCUUGCUGGUGAAGAGGCGACUAUUACGGUCAUGCCGCCGACGCCGACCAAUCCCCGGCAUUGGAGCAUGGUGCCUGUGACGCGAUUUAACCAUGAUGACGGUAUCGCGCCGUAUAACGGUGUAGUGGCGGUCACGGCGAAUUCAAGAGUUGUCAACCAGGAUGAGCUCAAAGAUCCGGCGUAUGGAAAGGUAAUGAGACAGUGCGAAGAGGUCGCGAAGCUCAUAGGGGCUACGGCUCCGAUUCGUAUCGAUGUGCGCCGGUUCCAGCCUGGCUCGGAGUUUGCGCUCUUUGAUAUCAAUAUGAAGCCCAAUAUGACAGGCCCGGGCCGGCCAGGGCGUGAAGAUCAGGCGAGCUUGACGGCCAUUGCUGCGUCGUCCAUGGGAUGGGAUUAUGGGACGCUGCUCGAGAAUAUCCUCCAGGGUGCUCAAUCACUAAGCAUCUUUAGGAACUACCGCAGUCCUUUCUAG